CGUUGCGUGACAGGUGUGUGAGGUGCAGCAUGUGACCUGCUGAGCGAAAGGGAAGUGUGACUCGAGUGUGGCGCAAGAGUGAGCUGCGGUCAAGAUGGUGGUGAUGAUGGCACGGGGCGGUGCGGCAGCCAUUGACCCUCUCUCCGCCGUGCCGCAGUGGGGUCUGACGCGGGUGCCUGGUGCGCCCUCCCGCUACGGGCUUCGCGUGGGGAGUUCCGCCCCUUUCCGUCCCGGCCCCGCCCAGGAUCCUUUGUCCGCCAAUCACAUUGAUUCCCGCUCAUUGUGCUCCAAUCAAGAUGUUUGCCGUCAUCAAUUCUGGCGACGAUUGGUGGACAAUGCGCAGAUGACACCUGAGUGGCCGCGGCGCCGCGCGCAUGGCAGGCGGCGGCGACGCGGCGGGAAAAGUCGCUCAUGCUUCAAAGAAUGAGUGCAAAAUGGCUUGAAAAGAAAGAGCGCUAUACCUUAUUCUUUUGUUCGACGUAAAUGACGAGGGAUCCGUCGAACUCACCAAAAGUGCAAGUUCCUGCCGGAGUGCGGCGCGAGGAGGACACCGACGGCUGCUGCUGCUGCUGCGGGAGGAGGAGGAGGAGGGCCAGUCGCUGCUCCCAGCCAGGUGGCAUCAGGACAUCAAAUCAUCGGUGAGAGAUAAAAGACAAGUCAGAACUUCUUAUCCAUCGCCACGAGAAAGAAUUGGUAACACUUACCUCUUUUAAAAGGACAAUACCGUGCCGUCGUUGGUAACACUGACUACAGUACGCGACUCGCAGCGAACAGGGAAAAAGAGGAAUAGCGAUAAAGACAGUGUCAGACAAAGAAAAAGAAGACGCGCUUCAUAAAAAAUAAAGAAAGAAUAGAACAAAGAGAAGCGGCGAACGACAAUUGGUGAUGGAAAAUAAACGUGAGAAAGACGGAAACGGAAUAAUGGUGAUUGAUCGAGUGGUGGUGAUUUGUGGCUGGUGACUGGAGGGGGAGAGAGAGAGAGAGAGAGAGAGAGAGAGAGAGAGAGAGAGAGAGAGAGAGAGAGAGAGAGAGAGACAGGGACAGCAGACACUCAGCAUUCAGUAUCUCAACAAAAGACAAAAAACCCUCUCUACCUAACUUUACCUAACCUAACCUAAGCACAAAACAAUGAUAGUGGACACAGUUCGAGUGAUACCGUGCGGUGGUGGCGGUGGCGGCGGUGGCGGCGGCGGAGGAGGCUCUGACGGCACGAUGACUGAGGAAGAGGACACACUGCGGCCGCCCUUCUCGCCCCCGGAGACCACAGUGGAGGGCACGGCCGCCUCGGAGACCAGACUGAUGCACCAGGAGACCCAGAGCAGUAAGAUUGAGACACAGAGACAACAGCAGCAAGAUGAAUGUGGCGAGAAAGGAGACGGCGUAGAUUUCAAGGGCUGUGGCGAGGUGUGCCAGGGGUGCCGGGACGUGAUCGCCGACCGCUUCCUGCUGCGAGUCAACUCCCGCUCGUGGCACCAGACGUGUUUGCGGUGCUGCGUGUGCCAGCUAGCCCUCGACCGCCAGCCCUCCUGCUUCAUCAGGGAGCACAAUGUGUACUGCAAGACCGACUACACCAGGAACUUCGGGGCGCGGUGUGCCAAGUGUUGCCGCAGCAUCGGCGCCGCGGACUGGGUGCGGCGGGCGCGGGACCACGUUUACCACCUUGCCUGCUUUGCCUGCGACGCCUGCAAACGGCAGCUCAGCACCGGCGAGGAGUUUGCGCUUCAUGACAGCCGUGUGCUAUGCAAGCAGCACUACCUGGAGUCCAUCGAGGGAGGCGCCUCCAGCAACGACGAGAGUGACGGCAGCGGCAAGACCAAGAGCAAGCGGGUGAGGACAACCUUCACGGACGAGCAGCUGCAGGUGCUUCAGGCGAACUUCCAGAUCGACUCCAACCCGGACGGUCAAGACCUGGAGCGCAUCGCACAGAUCACAGGGCUCAGCAAGCGCGUGACGCAAGUGUGGUUCCAAAACAACCGGGCGAGGCAGAAGAAGUACAUGACGCAGGGCAAGAGGCAUCACCACCACCAUCCGCACCAGCAGCAGCAGCAGCAGCAGCAGCCAUCUGUAGGCGCAGGGUUCUCCAUGGAGCGCGCGCCGUCCCGCCUUUCAGACUACGGCGACAUCUCCUCCUCCUCCUCCUCCUCUCCCCUCGACUCCCCUCUCUCCCAGAUCCUUUACAGUUUUGGAUGAUUGUCCGCCCAAACCUACGCCCACGCCCACGCCACGCCUGUAGGCCAGGGGGAGGAGCGGGGGGCGGAGGGACCCUUGAUGAGACUCUGCGACGUCCCGGAGUCCCAUCGUCUGGGUCUUCCCGUCUCCUCCUCCGAUGCCGCCAUCUUGGGAGCGGGCGUAGGUUUCGGAAUGGGAAUAUUUCGAGAAGGACCCGCUGGAGGAGGAGGAGGAGAUGCUGGAGAUGCAGGAGAAGGAGGAGGAGGAGAUGGCGUCCUCGGCACUGCAGGAGGCGUGGAGGAAGGAGGAUUUCUCAGCAUUCAAAGCCCUUCACUGAGUCGUGAUAAUGUGUUUCCUCGCCGGGGGCCUUCAGGGAGGGAGCGGCCACCCCCUAACCACCCAUGUGAUAGCUACAGGCCCGCCGAGGAGGACAAUGAGGCUUCGUGAGUCACGCUACAACUCUCCGAAGCUCCGAACCACUUGAAGCCUCGAACCGCUGUGCAAGAUGCUUCCCUCGCCGCUUUGUGCCCGAGUCUCUAAUCAUGGUAGUGAAAAAUGGCGUACAGUAAGUGAGAGAAAAAUAUGGCAGCCAAAAAUAAGUGAAAAUACAACGUCAGUCUCUAAGAAUAUGUAAGAUUUAUUUGAAGGGAAGGAUGACUGAUAAGACGUAAUAUACAAAGCAGCAGCAGUGUGGAGGAUUCAGAAACGAGACUUACGAGAAAAGCAGAGAGACGAAGUGCGCACGUAUGAAGAAUUUAGGGGAAUAAAUACCGAUAACGAGAGAGAGAGAGAGAGAGAGAGAGAGAGAGAGAGAGAGAGAGAGACGGGGGGGGGAGGUCCUAUCUACAUCUCCAUCCACUCUUUCUCACCAUCAUUAGGCGACGCUCAGCUUACUCUCACUAUCGCACUCGUAAAGCUACCCGACUGGCGGGCGACACUGACCCCACCUCUCUCUCUCUCUCUCUCUCUCUCUCUCUCUCUGCUACCUGGAUCUGAGGGAGGUAAAAAAAGAAACCCUCACCUUAACCUAUAGCGUGUAGUAGUGUUAGUAAGCGGCGCCUCUUCUCAGACGAUGCUUAUUUCUGUCUCUCUAGCGUGAAGAGACCUGGAAAAAAUGUCACCAGUGCUUAAAGAAAAUGUACGCCGUAGAGAAAACAGAAAAAAGGUUGGAAAUAUACGGGAAGGUUAUUUUUUUCAUGAUAUUUUUUUUCGUGUUUCUCAGUUUUCAGUCAUAUGUAUUUUUUUCUCUGGUUUUCGUUUUAUUCUUUCAUUUUUUUUAUUGUUUAUCUGUUAUCUUUCAGCCACAAUUCAGGUAUUCGCGUAGGCAACACACGAAAUGAGUAGAAAUAUACUAAAAGAAGUUAAUGAAGUAAUAAAUCAACGCAUGAGGAACUAGUUGAUGAGGUGACUUAGAGCCGCGACGCUGCCUCUAUACUGCACAGUGCAUGGAAUAAAGAAAAGAAUGGCUGACUGCCAACUCACAGUAUCAAGGCGACUGAAUAAAGUUUAAAGGACUGAAACUUCUCGAACUACUUAGCCGAGACACAGAAGAAUACAAGACUACACAGCCUCGCGCCCUUCACCGAUACUGCUUCAUUACUGCCGCGUCAAGUGAAGUGCUUCGAUUUCAAAGCCGAAGCGAACUCAUGCAUUAGUUUGCUUACUCCCGUGACGUGAGAGGAUGCAUACAGCAGCACACAAGGCGAACCAAUACUUAUACUCUACUACUAUAUAGGCAUUUCACGGAGAGUGAGUCAUUGUUUUCGCAAAUAUCUUUCAAACAAAUUAAUUGAACGGAAUGGUACUUUGACACUGUGUACUAGACACUUUCCGCUAAUUUUUGGUCAUAUACUAAGCAAUGCCAAAAUGAUGUUAGUAAAAGCGUUUACUCUUGAGAUAUACGGUGUUGCCGAGCCUCGCCAACCUAUCCAUACGAACGUCUACAAUCCCCCAUCCCAUUCCUCCCUACGUUCCUCUCUCCCGCUCGCUUCCCCCCUCCUCCUCCCACUCUCCCGCUAUCUUCCCCCCUCCACGUUCGAUUGUGUACGUUAGUUCUGGCGACUCAUGUGACUUCGGCUUUAAACGUCAGGAGUAAACGCUUUUACUAACACCAUUUGGCAAUGCUUAGUAUGACCAAAAAUUAGCGGAAGGUGUCUUGUACACAGUGUCAAAGUACCAUUCCGAUCAAUUCAUUAGUUUGAAAGAUAUUCGCUAAAAACAAUGACUCACUCUCCGUGAAAUGCGUAGUAGAUGCCUUGGAGGACAAUGGUAAGGCUUUUUUUGCAGUUCACGUAGAGUUAUGAAGCAGCCGUAAGCUUCUGGCCAUAUUAGUGAUUUAUAAAGGAAUACUUGCAGUGCCCGGCUAUCCCGCAAGAUGGCGUUGCUGUGUCAUUUUUGCUGCAUAUUACUUCAUUAUAGUAUUUAAAUUAAUGUUGGCAUAUUCUGUGAUGGUGAUAUGAGAUGACUGAACGUAGCUGGCCAAGAGACACUGAAUUUAUCUAUUGGGUGUCGUAAAUGUAUGUGAUGAUGAAGGAGAAACUGCCUUAGAUUCGAUAGUUUGAAUAGUUAAACUACGCUCCUUGUGUUUUCAGUCAAUUCAUAUCACUAUUGUACACGAAUAAAACAAGAAUUGAAAUACCACAUAUAGCCUCUUUGUUAACGUAGUGUAAAAUGAUUAUCAUCUUUCCUCAGCCCGGUGCGCCAGAGCCAUCUGGUGACGAAAACUUUCACUCAGCCUUGUAAAGUGUGACAAUUCCGAACAUUCAAGUCUGGCCUAACUUUUCCAAACACCAAGUUCGUCUCAAUCAAACGUCGACCUCACUUCAUUAUCAUUCACACAGCUGUUGAUGGUUCAUAUUGUGCUCGAUAUACAGUUUUCCAUAACCAACUAUGUAGGUGAUAAGAGAUGUACUGUAUUCUCCUGUUAAUGGUAACUUUGCUUUCCUUAUGCCAUCUUAGUCACAAUUCGCUUCAUUGGUGUGAAAAUGCUUGAACUGUUAAUGAUACACUUGUUUGUUACGCCAUUUGAUUAACCAUAGACAAGCUUACAGAUCCGAAAUAAAAACAAAAGAUCUUACUGUUAACGACUAGAUCAUUCAUUCCUUUUGCUGCAAACUUGCAACUCAGCAUUUUGUUUAACUUUAGAACUCAUAUCAGCAAUGUGGUUAACGUUUACUUCCCUGGUAGCACACGUUAUGCUUCAUUGUGAGAGGUGUAUUCAUCAAAACUCUGUGACUUUUGUCUAGAGGUAACAGUGCGCAUGGGAUUAACCGAUGUGAAUGGUAAUAAAUGAUUAUAUAACUUAAAACACCAACCAACUUGUGGCUAAAUAGCAUAAGGAAAGUACAGUUAUAGUAAAUAUAGUAAAUAUCUUUUGUCAUGAGAGAUUACAUUUUCACUACACAUACAGUAUAUAGUUGGUGGCCGCGAAACAUACACUUUCCACUGGCAUGAAGAGCAAGUGUUCCAUUAGGUUUGUACGAGAGGAGAGGUGUAGCGAGCAGGAGAUGUGUUCGUUGUUGCGUGGUGUGUUGUUGUGGGAAGUGGUCUCCUCGCCGCCUUUGUUGUGUGAGGUCAGUGUGGGUUGGAGGUCAUCACUCGCUGCGUUAUUUAUAUUCCGUGUAGUUAUGUAAUGAUGAAAUAUAUAUAUUAUAUCAAUGUAAUAAAGUGAAUUAGUGGAAACGUUGUGCCAAAUAUACUUAGGAUGAUUAUAAUAAACUUUAUAAUUA